CAAUUAAGUAUAAAGGCUAAGCGCAUAAGUACAUAUCAUCCAUCUAAUUUGGCUACUUGUUAGUUGAUAUAUGUAUAAAUUUUAAAAAAUUUAUGAUGGAAAUAGUAUGAAAUUAAUAUUGAAAUUGAAGCGUAUACCGGAUCAAUUUUACAGAAAUGAAAAACUUUUUGAUAAUUCUGUGUGCGUUUCAAAUUUGUUACGGUCAUAUCGAUAAAACAUGGUGGAAACACACAAUUUUGUACGAAAUAUUUCUGCAAUCUUUCAAAGAUGGAAAUGGAGAUGGGAUAGGUGACAUCAAAGGAUUAAUUUCAAAACUCGAUCAUUUUGUGGAUUUGGGGAUCGAAACGGUGUAUAUUUCUCCACAUUACGAGUCUCCCAUGGUUGACAGCGGAUACGAUGUGGCUAAUUUCACAAAUGUUAAUCCAAUGUUCGGAACGAUGCAAGAUUUUGAUACUUUGAUAAAGCAAAUGAAAAAAAGAAAAUUAAAGUUGAUGAUAGACAUGGUGAUUAAUCAUAGCAGCGAUAAAAAUCCUUGGUUUGCGAAGUCAAUAAACAAGGAAGAUCCUUACACAGAUUAUUAUGUGUGGAAAGAUCCAAAAGGAUACGAUUUAAAUGGGAAACCGAUACCGCCAAAUAAUUGGGUAAGCAUUUUUAGUGGACCUGCUUGGACGUGGAAUGCGAAAAGAAAGCAGUUCUAUUUUCACCAAUUUUCCCCGGAACAGCCAGACUUCAAUUUUCGCAACGAUUUAUUAAAAGAUGAAAUAAAGAAAAUAUUUAAAUUUUGGUUCGAUAAAGGAGUGGCUGGAUUUAGAUUGGAUGCGGUAAAAUUUCUAAUGGAAGAUGCCCUAUUCAGAGAUGAACCAGUCUCCUCUCCUGAAAUCACAGUGCCGUAUAAAGAUUCGGAUGUAAUUCAUAUUCAUACCAGGAGUCUAUGGGAAAGUUAUGAGAUUCUUCACGAAUUGCGAACAUAUACCGAGGAAAUCACCAAAAAAUUUAAGGAUUAUGAAAGAAUUCUAACUUCAGAAUCGUAUCACAAAUCAAAAAAAUUUCUGUAUCAAUAUUAUGGUUCAGAAAAUUACAGAAUAAUGCAUUUCCCUUUCAAUUUUGCCUUGGUGUUGAGUGCUCAAUACGAAAAUGCUACAUUUUUCCACGACAAAAUCAACGAAUAUCUUGAAGGCUUACCUGAGGAGGCUACACCUUGUUGGAACUCAGAAAAUCACGAUAAGCUUCGAAAAGGAACUUUGCUGAACGAAGAAUAUGGAUUCAUUUUCACCACAAUGGUGAUGAUGUUGCCAGGAGUGGCUUAUCUCUACUAUGGGCAAGAAAUAGGUCUGUCUGGAUCUAAAAUCCGACCUGAUCAAAUCGUCAACAAAUUCGAAGACGAAUUCACCAAAACAGGGCGAGAUUCUUCAAGGCAACCAAUGCUAUGGGAUGAUACGUUGAAUGCUGGAUUUUCCAAUAAUCGUGUUCCAUUCCUACCUGUGAAUCCCAAUUACUGGAGAAUUAACGCAGACACUCAAAAAAACACAGAAAACAGCUAUUACAACAUGUUUAAAAAGAUGUCAAAAUUGCGUAAAACUAGUACAAUUAAACAUGGAGAUUUCAAGUCGUACGUGUUUUCUCAAUGUGUGUUUGGAUUCACCAGGUCAUUGAAGGGUCGAGAAACGUACGUAACAAUUUUCAAUCUAGGCAGCGAAACAGAAUUCGUCGAUGUGCACAACACAGUUGAAAAUUUACCAAAAUUUUUGACCAUAGAGAUGGCAAGUCCGAAUUCUGGAUUAAGUGUUGGAAAAAAGUUACCCUCUGCACAACGAAUUCCGAAGAUUUUGAUAUUGAGGCCGUCCACUGUCGUUAUACUCAGUACGAAGGUGCCAGCGAAGUAGGAAUGAGCUUCGAAUUAGAUCUUUCUUAUUUCAGGCAGCUAUAGCAACAAAGAAGAUUUAUAUUUUAGGUUAUUUAUUAUACUUAAUAUUUAUUACAUAGGGCUAUAAUAGAAUAAUAUUUAGACCAAUGUACUCGAAAUAUUUGGAUUAAUUUCGACUUUAAUAAGUUUUUUCAAAUCAAAACUGUAAAUUUUUUAUUCACUCAUAUCACGCUUUCAGGGUUAAAAAAAAAAUAAGUAGGUAUACCUUACUUACCAAAGUAACCAAUUAACUCAGCAUGUAACUUGUAAGUGAGUACUUGCACUCGGGAAUACGUUGAAAAAAAUAAAAUAAGCAGAUAAUCCGUAUUUAUGAUCAAUUUAUGAAUUCCUUCGCAGAGUGGGUUAAAUUCAAUAAUAUGUUCAAUAAAACUGAUAAUCUUCAUUUCUAUGAAAAUGUGAAUUUUAUGAUACCUAUGUACUCGUCUAUUAAUUUGUUUACUUAUUUACCUACCGUCUUGAAAAAUGAUCUAAAUUUACUAUUUUACAUAGGUAUACCUUCAAAUUAUUCACGUCUUAAUGUCGGGCAUAGGCCUUCUUUAGCCUUCAUCAUUAAUGAUAAUGUCUCUAUUGCGCCUCUCAAUGGCAGAUAUAAUUUCUUUGGGCAGGAAAAGUACCUACAUACAAUGCCAUCUUUAUCCAACCCUCUGUCACUUUGUGGAUCGUCCUUUCUAGACAAGGCAAAUUAGAUUUCAAAUUGGAAAAAAUCUUUUAAAAAGGUUUUUUGCUAAAAUUUUCUUUCGUAUUUCCUAUGUAAAAAUUCUGAAUCAAAUUUUUAUUUUUAAAAAAGAUGCUAUCAUUGGGGCUGCUACGUUUGAAGUUGGUGUUCACGCUAUUGGGUCAUGUUUGGAAUCAUUUUAUAGGGAAUUUGAGGCUGAUUAAUUUUUGUCUGAGUUAUUAAACAAAAUUUUUAGAAUUACCUAUUAGGGCUCAUUUGUAUGAACAACUCUUGACAUUGACGCAUGCCACUCGGAUGACGAAGUAUUUUAUCAAACUUUCGAUAAAAAGCUCGGAUUAUUGAGAACUAAUUUAGAUAUAGCUGAGUAUGAACAUAAAUUCCUUAGAACCUAUAAAUAGACCCAUGUGGUUUUGAUGCACUUUAGGUGUAUUUAUAAAACUUUUAUAGAUGUACUUAUUUAGGUAUAUUAUUGGUAUCACACGAGGGCAAUAAAAUGAUGCUCAAUAGGUGCAAUCUGAAAUUACUUAUCAAGUGCUGAGAAUAUAGAUUUAUUCGUAUAUAAAAAGUAAGCAAUAAAUGUGAUUUUUCAUUCGUGA